GUUGAGUCCGACCACAGUUACCAGCUGAUCUUGGAAUUCCUAGCGACGUUCGCCCAUGAUCUUCCUACAGCGGUUGAUUUGGAGGCAGGCCUGACUUGGGCCAGCACCCACUACAAGCUCAACCCGUGGAAAGACAAGCCCAAUCACCAGGCAUGGGCCCAAACAGAGGCAGGCCUGAUCAAGGCUUGUGCCUCCUACUGCCUAGAUCGAUUUCAAAGAUACUCCAAGUCGAGGUCAGGCCAUGAUCGCAUGGAGACUCUGAGGGCAGUCAUUCGUGCCAAGUUGGAGGAGAAAGGCAUGCUUUCCCCCUAUGGGAAAAAGAUUCCCACACGGGGACGUGGGGCUGCACGGUUGAAACAAGAGGAGGCUGCAAAGCGGGCUAUGUCAUUCGGCGACAUUGACAACAUGUACACCCUUCCGAUGACUGAUUCGCAACUCUUGUCCCCUGUGCGACCACUGGGGGAUCUCUCGGCCCUUGCAGAUUCCCAAACUGUUGGUGAUGAUGGUCAGGGGAAGACUGGGGAAGAGGAUGACAGUGAGGCUGCUCAAGCGAUUGAGAAAAUCAUGGAUUCGGAAGAGGAGGGUGGUGUUAAACCAAAUGAAAGCAGCAAAGGUGUUUUCCAGGCACAAGCUGCUCUGCGGCAAAUGCAAGAUGAGGCCGAAGAUCCUGACAAAGCGCUGCAGGAUGAGUUGUGUGAUGAGGAAGAAGAGAGGAAGGAGAAGUCAAAGGGGCGUGGAAGGGGGCGUGGCCGUGGAAAACGUGAAGAUGAUUUGUCUCAUGCAGCAAAUCCUACGAAAUUCAAGCGAAAGAAAUCACAACUUGCCCUUCAGAAUUCCAAGUUGAAGCGUCUGCGAGUGAUGGCUGGGUCUCCUUCCAGCUCCAGCAAGAAGCCCAAAAAGGGUCCUGCUUCUCCUGCGGCCAUGGCUGAAAGUCAGCCAGAGGUGCCAGAGGUGCCAGAGGAACCAGAGGAACCAGAGGAACCAGAGGAACCAGAGGAACCAGGGGCUAUGUCCAGUGGUAUGGAUGGUGAGCAAAAUAAACCUAGAAAACGUAGGAAGAGAAAAGUCAAAUCCGCCAAAGCUACUGCUGAGAAGACUUGUGAUGUUGCAGCUGUAGAUCCGGAGAAGGAUGAAAUGGAAGAUGAAAAAAAGACAAAGAUACGUUGGCAACUGCCAAGCCAGCCAGUGCAGCUGAAGCAGCAAGGGCAUUGGAAGGCAAACCCGGUGAUCAGGUCUUUCACCCUCUAUGCUCCGGAAGAUGCUGCAGCUCUGGAUGAAGAACGCUCUGUGCUGGCCCAGUCCAGGAGCACUUCCGCUUCCUUCCAUGUGUCCAAAAGCAAGGGGAUGGACACACGGGUGGAGAAAGUGAACAAAUACUGGGGUGCUUCGUUUAAGGAUCUGGAUGUCAUCGAUGCCUUUGGUGGCCAAGGAAGACUUUCUGAUGGCCUGUGCAUGUCGCGGCUGAGGGACUACUUCGAUGUGGAAUCCCGUGGUGAAGAGGGUGAUAUCCUAUCAGUGUGGCUUCUACAGCAUCCUUCUCAUGGUGUUGCGCUUACGUCCAGGGGGGAUUACAGCACGCUUCGUGUUGCUAUCUUUGGUCGCAAUUGCCCGUGGUUGCCAAGUCUUAUGGGAGCAGCCGGGGUCAUCAACGCCAAUGGACUUCACAAGCAGAAACGUGCAGUGGCUGCUGAGCCACCUAUGAAGGCUCCUUACAAGUGGCGCCAUGCCAAAUUGGAAUCUAUCCAGAAGGAUUUGAAGGUUGCAAUUAAUGAAGGGCGGUACGAUGAGUUUGGCUGGUUGUCAGUUCUGCCCCGUGUCUUACAAGAUUUACAUGACAGGUUGAAAGAGCAGAAAGCGGGAGAGCAGUUGCUUGCAGCAGGGAAGGUAUCACCUGAAUGCAGCAAAGGUUUCCAGGAAGCCAAGGCAGCAGAUUUGAGGGCAGCAAAUGCAGGCAAUGGCACCCCUGCCCCACCGGUCAGACCUGCCCUGGUUCGUGUGAACAGUGUCCCGGUUCUUUCGCCAAACACACCUGACCUGGAGCAGCAAAACAUGCCAAAUGGUGCCACCAGCAAGACAACUGAUCCUACUGAAGCAAAAGAAAGCAUACCUGCAGCACCUAUGGACAGGGCAGAACGAAAGCGACUGAAGAAGGAACACAAACGUGAGGCAAAACGACAGAAGAAGGAAGAAAAGAAACAAAAGCAAAUGCAGCAGCACCACCCUGAAGGUUUACCAGAAAAUGGUACUCAACCAGCUGCCAGUGAGACUUCAACUGGUGAACCCACACCUGUCCCAUCUGACCAUGCCCCAGUGCCAACAGGUUCAGGAUCUGGUGACCCAGGUCAUGCAAAUGUUGGUGCAGGUGAAGCCUCUACAAUGCCAGGUUCAAAUGCUGAACAGCCAAAGCAACAGUCAGCACCAGCCAUGGCUCCCAAGCCAGCAGCCAAGAAAGCAGCAGCAAGGCCACCACCCGAAGUAGCAAUGCCUAAUGGCAUGGGACCUGAGAAAGUUGAGCAAAGGACACCAGCAAGAACUGAUGAACAAGAGGACGCAGCUCGCCGGCAGGCAAUUAGUGACAACAUGCAGAGAGCAAACACAGAAUCGCAGUUGGCAAGCCCAGCAAGCACACAAGCCUAUGAGCCAGACCUGGAAGCAGCACUUGAUCGUGAGGUCAAACGGGAACAACAAGACCAACCAAUGCCAUCAGUCGAGGGGGCUGCGCCACCAGUCCAAGCAACUAUGCCAACUACGGUAGCAGUCCGACAGGCUACACCAGCAGUCCAACAGGCUCCACCAGCAGUCCAACAGGCUGCACUAGCAGUCCCACAGACUGCACUAGCAGUCCCACAGGCUGCACCACAAGUCCAACAGGCUGCACCACAAGUCCAACAGCCUGUGGCAUCAGGUGCACUAGCACUUCAAGCAAAUGCAACACAAGGGCAACAAGCAGCAGCUCCACCUCCCGGCCAAUCACAAGAAGCACUCGAUCAGAACAAUGCAGAGCAAGAACAGCAGGUCCAGGGGAGGAAGGGAUUGCCCACCAGAGAUGAAGAAGGCAGUGCCAGGCUGCAAAUACUCCAAGAUGCCUGGUCAGCCUGCGCUGGCAACUGGACACGAAGCGAACUUUACACGAAGAUUACUGAGCGAAAGAGGACAUCCCAACAUGGAUGUCGGGUCUGGCUGACCCGAUCCCAAAUCUCUGCAAAGUACGGAAGUGAUGAAAUGGCAGCUGCCAUUUGUGACAGCAAAUUGGCUGACGCUGAGCUGAAGGAAAGCCAUACCAAGGAGCAUCCCGAUGCUCCCGGUGUGGAGGCGAUGCGGCUCUUUUUGGUUUGGGAUUCCGAGGGAAUCAGUGAGGUCACUGACAAAAAGAAGAAGUCAAAGAAAGAUAAGAAAAGCAAGAAAGGCCCGAAGAAAGAAACCAAGGAGAAGAAAGAAAAACGCUUGAAACAAGAGCAAGACAAGCUGACAAAGUUGAAGGCCAUGUCCCAAUUGAAUGACAAGAUUGUGGACGCCUCGGGUCGCGAAAAGGCAUUGGGCAAUUUGUCGGUUGCCUCAGAAUGGCACGUGGCUGGCUGGAUGGUUAACAGGGCGCCAGACUUGAAGAAUGCCAUUGCUGGCCACCUCAACAAGAAGAAGAAUGCCAUGUGUGAUCUACGUGGAAAGCUUCAGCAAAAGGUGGAUUCCUGGGAUGACACAGACCUGCUGGUACUGAUUGAGAAAGCCAUGAAGUCUGACACCGUGGGCAAAGCAAUGCGUGGAGUUCAAGCUCAUGUGGAGGAUACUGGAGACCUCUACUUGGGAGACAUAGCGAGGAAAUUCGGAAGGUCAAAAUUGAAGAAUGCGAGCAGUCCGCUGGUUGGGCUUCGCCGAUUCCAUCCCUCGUGCAUUCGCUGGCUCCACUUGGCCCGCUUCAUGCUGAAUGUUGAGAAGGCUGGCAGAUUCUUGAACAUUUCUGAAAGCACAUCCUCACCACCGUGCCAGUUGGAUCACCAAAUGUGGGCGAAUGAG